CAGAACUCAUUGUACCACCAACACCAUGGCCGGCUCUUCUCUUUGUCUGUUCCUUUUGUUCUCUCUCUUCUUUGGCCAAUGUGUUGUUGAGCUUGAAGCAUCUCACCGUGUUUUCCAAAACCUUCAAACUUCUGAACCCACUUCCGAAAGUCAGCCUUACAGAACUGGUUUCCAUUUUCAGCCUCCCAAGAACUGGAUGAAUGAUCCCAAUGGGCCCAUGGUUUACAAGGGAAUUUAUCACCUGUUUUACCAAUACAAUCCAAAAGGUGCAGUGUGGGGCAACAUUGUGUGGGCUCACUCCACAUCAACGGACCUGAUUAAUUGGAUCCCACAUGAUGCAGCCAUCUAUCCAUCACAGAAAUCUGAUAUCAAAGGUUGCUGGUCAGGCUCCACCACAAUGCUCCCUGGAGGAAAACCAGCCAUCUUGUACACAGGAAUAGACCCAAAUGACAAGCAAGUCCAGAAUUUGGCUGUGCCCAAAAAUUUAUCUGACCCUUACCUUACGGAAUGGGUCAAGUCACCAAAAAAUCCUCUAAUGGCACCCACUGCAAUCAAUCAAAUCAAUGCCAGCUCUUUCAGAGACCCAACCACUGCCUGGUUGGGCCCUGACAGAAUAUGGAGAGUGAUUAUUGGCAGCAAAAUUAACUACAAGGGAUUAGCAAUUUUAUACAGAAGCAAAAAUUUUGUAAAUUGGACUGCGUCAAAACAACCUUUACAUUCUGCUGAGCAUACUGGAAUGUGGGAGUGCCCUGAUUUUUAUCCAGUGGCUACUGAAGGUGUCUAUGGCGUUGAUACAUCGACGAAGGGAUCAUCCAUUAAGCAUGUGUUGAAAGUAAGUUUGGAUGACACAAAGCAUGAGUAUUACACCAUUGGAACAUAUGACACUGCUACAGAUAAAUAUGUGCCAGAUGAAGGUCAAGUGGAUAGUGAUUCUGGAUUAAGGUAUGAUUAUGGUAAAUUUUAUGCGUCGAAGACAUUUUUCGAUAGCGUUACUCUUCGGAGAAUUUUGUGGGGAUGGAUUAAUGAAUCCUCAAGUGUAGAACAUGAUAUCAAGAAGGGUUGGUCUGGAGUACAGGCAAUUCCCAGGAAAAUUUGGCUGGAUAAAUCUGUAAAACAGUUGGUUCAGUGGCCUAUUGCUGAAAUUGAAAAGCUUCGUGUAAACCAAGUAAAAUUUCCAAGCAAAUUCCUGAAGGCUGGAUCAAUUGUUGAAGUUAAAGGUGUCACAGCUUCACAGGCUGAUAUAGAGGUAUCAUUUAAAAUAGCUGAGUUUGAGAAAGCAGAAGUUCUGGAGCCAGGUUGGACUAAUCCACAGUUGCUUUGUAGUCAAAAGAGUGCUUCAGUGAAAGGAGCUUUAGGUCCAUUUGGGUUGCUAGUUUUGAGUUCAAAGAGCCUGGAAGAAUACACAGCAGUCUAUUUUAGAAUUUUCAAAGACCAUGAAAAAUAUGUGGUCCUUAUGUGCAGUGACCAAAGCAGGUCUUCUUUAGACGCUGAUAAUGAUAAGACCACUUAUGGAGCCUUUGUUAAUGUUGACCCUCUCCAUGAAGAGCUCUCAUUAAGAAGCCUGAUUGAUCAUUCUAUAGUGGAGAGCUUUGGCGGCAAAGGCAAAGCUUGCAUAACAGCUAGAGUUUAUCCAACUUUGGCAAUUGAUGAUGACGCCCACUUGUAUGCAUUCAAUUAUGGAACCGAGAAGAUAAACAUCACCAGCUUGAGUGCUUGGAGCCUGAAGAAAGCUCAAAUUAAUUAGUUGAAGUUGGAAGAAGAUAAAUCAAAGAGCAAUAAAUAAGACAGAUACCGCUAACAAAUUCUUAAACAUAGAAAAAUUUAAGUUUCCUUUUCAGUUGUAGAACGUGAGCCAUUGUUAUUCAAUGCAAAAGUCAAUAAUACAUUUUGAGAAAUACUAUUAUAUCAA